GAAAGCAAGUGGAGGAAGCUUACGGCUACGGCGGGAAAUAAACAAAAGGAAAAGCAAAUAAAACCCACCAAACCAAAAAAACUCUCUCUCUCUCUCUCUCUCUCGGCCUAAAGCACCAACCCGAUCUCAUUCCGUUAUUAUUUUUUUCUUUUUUCGUUUAUUUGUGUUUUUCUCCAAAAAGAGAAAGAAACAUUGAAAAGAGAAAGAGAAUGAAAGCCUCCCUCCAAUUGGAAACACUGAUUCAACUGGUGUGUGUUGGCAGCUCGUAGAUCUGCGUCGUCUUCUUCGCCAUUGCUUUCAGCUCAGUUCAGAAAUGCUGAAUCCACAUGAAUGAAUGAUCGAUAUGGUUUUGAUGUUUCUUCGCCGAGAAAAUUAGGAAAGGAAGGAAAGCAAAGUUUAGACGCUUACUUCGAGGGGGGAACAGAAUAGAUAAUCUCAAUGGAAUAACAUAUAUUUCCUAUACGUGCGCCAUUCAUGCUGUGUUGAAGUGCAGAUGGAAACUGGGCAAAGCAACAAUGGUAACGAGAGGUGUAUCAUAUCCAAGGGUUCUUCAUGGUUCAGCCAGUUCCGAAAUGCAUCCAAUCCUUGGAUGGCAAGAUAUGUUUAUGCCUUGUUCUUUCUAGUGGCCAAUCUGUUGGCCUGGGCUGCCCGUGAUUAUGGUCGUGGUGCUCUAACAGAAAUGGAAAGAUUAAAAGGUUGCAAUGGUGGAAAAGACUGUUUGGGUGCUGAAGGAGUUCUACGUGUGAGUUUGGGUUGCUUUAUAUUUUACAUAAUCAUGUUUUUGUCAACUGCUGGCACUUCUAAACUGAACGUAACUAGAGAUACAUGGCACUCUGGAUGGUGGUCUGUCAAGAUUGUUCUCUGGAUCGCCAUGACUGUCAUCCCAUUUUUACUCCCUUCUGAAUUUAUUCAGAUUUACGGGGAGGUUGCCCAUUUCGGUGCCGGGGUUUUUCUCCUAAUUCAAUUAGUAAGCAUAAUCCGGUUCAUUACAUGGCUCAAUGAAUGCUGUGAAUCUGAAAAGUACGCAGCAAGAUGCCAAAUCCAUGUGAUGUUCUUUGCAACGACCGCAUAUGUUAUAUGUUUGGUGGGAAUCAUUUUGAUGUACAUUUGGUAUGCACCGAAGCCAUCUUGUCUCCUUAAUAUUUUUUUCAUUACAUGGUCACUGGUACUUCUCCAGCUCAUGACAAGCGUGUCUCUGCACCCAAAAGUGAAUGCCGGCAUUCUAACUCCUGGGCUGAUGGGGCUUUAUGUUGUCUUCCUUUGCUGGUGUGCUAUUAGAAGUGAACCAACUGGGGAAAACUGCAUCAGGAAGUCGGACUCUGCCACCAAAACAGACUGGCUUAGCAUCAUUAGCUUUGUUGUGGCAAUACUGGCAAUCGUUAUUGCAACAUUUUCAACAGGCAUAGAUUCCAAAUGCUUCCAGUUCAGGAAGGAUGAUACGCCAGCAGAGGAUGACGUUCCAUAUGGCUAUGGCUUCUUCCAUUUUGUUUUUGCCACAGGAGCAAUGUACUUUGCUAUGCUAUUGAUUGGAUGGAAUAGCCAUCAUUCUAUGAGAAAGUGGACAAUUGAUGUGGGCUGGACCAGCACAUGGGUCAGAAUUAUAAAUGAGUGGUUGGCAGUGUGUGUUUAUCUGUGGAUACUGGUGGCUCCAAUCUUAUGGAAGAAUAGACAUGCUGGUUCUACCUGAAAACUUCUCAAACAUAUUCUAGUUUUAGUAUUUUUGUUGGGGAUUAAGAUCUUCAGAUUGUUUCAUAUCUCUGCUGCACAUGUAGUGAGCUUCUUCAACUCUGCAAGAUAUGAGAAAGCAUUUCAGUUUAAACAUCCUGGACCAGGACACUCUCAAGUCGAAGAAAUGGUUCGCAGGGGUAGACGGAAAGAAUGGUUCUGGCACAAUGCACAUAUACCGAUUGGAUUUGUUCCAUUUUACAUGAAAAUACAGAGUUUGGAAAAAAGAAAGAAACACUAUUUACUUGUACAUGUACCAAUGAGGAAGCUUAGUUUGUACUUUAGUAUCAUUAAUAGAUGUUAAUUAAAGUUUUCCAUAUUCA